GGGUGGUGGGUGACGCGCCUGCAGGCUCUGGGACCAGGUUCAAGGUUCGGUCCGCAGCUCCGCCGAAGGGCGGGGCCAGGGACACUCGCCCCGCCCCCGCCCGCCCCAGCACGCUGCGGCCAGGGGCGCUAAGACCGGAGCCCGAAGAGCUCACGCAGACCCGGGACCCCCCCACCCCCCGCCUGGCCCCGAGCGCCGGCAUUGCUGGGUGUGCGCGGCCCGUAGGUGGCAGGCAGCAGGAACGCCAUCAAGAGUAUUCCCCCAGCCAUGGAUAAUCCUAGUCUUCAGGAGCUUCAAGAACCUCUGCUAGCAGGCACGGCCUGUGACCCCCUGGCCCAGAAGCCUGGCAGACUUGAGAUGGGGUCCCCCUUAAGGGAGACAGCCUUUGCAGAGUCGCUGAGGGGUUGGCACUUCCCACCACCUCUUCCCUCUGUGAGUGCUGACCUGGGAGAGCCAGGGUCUCUGGACCUCGAGGACACAUCAUCCAGUGACACUGACUCAGACUGGGAUGGGGGCGGCCAUCUCUCCCCACUUCUACCCCAUGAUCACCUCGGCCUGGCAGUCUUCUCCAUGCUGUGUUGCUUCUGGCCCGUGGGCAUCGCUGCCUUCUGUUUGGCUCAGACCAACAAGGCUUGGGCCAAGGGGGAUAUCCAGGGGGCAGGAGCCGCCUCCCGCCAUGCCUUCCUGCUGGGGGUCCUUGCUGUUGGCCUGGGCCUGUGCACAUAUGCAGCUGCCCUGGUGACCCUGGCCGCCUAUCUUGCCUCCCGAGACCCGCCCUAA